AUGCCACAAGCAGAUGAUAAUGCAAGACCUUUGCUGAAGCCAUCGGUCAACCUCAACAGUAAAAGCUCACAAACAAAAAUCCGCCGCGCCGGCGGAGCUCUGGCCGCCUCCGCUGAGCUCCGCCGUCGCAACCGUCGGCUUGAAGAUGAACAGCGCGUGCCUCAGCCCCGGGCUGAACAGCCAAUCGUGCACGUCGUAGAACACCUCGAUUUUCCCCCUUUUCAAAUUGAUCAUCUCGUUCCCCCUGAACUUCCACUGCAGGUGGCCGUCGAUUCGGAUCUCCAUCUCCGGAUCCCCGCUGUCCGCUGCCGCGGCUGCCUUCCCCUUGCACUCGAUCGAGAUCUCGUGCAAGCCGCCCUUCCCGUGGAACCUCACUCGCGUCCCGAAUUUCCUCUUCCCGAACACGUGCUCCUUCCUCGAGACCAGGAUCGGGUCGAUCAGCGCCGGCCGGCAUCCCGUCUUCCGAUACGCCUCGUCCUUCAUGUUCCCGAGGAGGAGGACGAUCUCGCCGCCGCACACGACGGCGACGUAGUAGUCAGCGCCGGGCUCCGCCUCGCCGUUGAAUCUCGCAAAGCGGAGGUCCCAGAAGACGUCUACGGGCGUGCAGCCGAACCGCUUGGAGCCGUGCUUCUUCCAGAAGUGCCACGGCUUGAGCUCGAUUUUGCAGGCGGCGGAGCCCUCGACCGAGACGGAGAGGCCGUGGAGGAGGAGGUUCUUGCACCAGGUGACGGUGAUGAGGCGGCAUUGGUCGGCGAUUUUUGUGCGGUAGACCGAGACGAACACGUUCUGGCCGGAUCGGGUGACGGCGGACGGGUCGUCGGCCAACUUUUCAGCCGGAGGGGAGAAACAAGCCGGGAUGCCGAGCUGAGGUUUUUCUUGGCAGCAUUAAGGGAUAAAUAUAAAGGUUUUGCAAACUGGCAGAUGACAGGUGAAUGGCAAUUGGCAUUAAGUAAAAGAAUCAAGAUUCAAGCAUCCAUAAAUUAA